AUGCAACAACGAAUCGUGAUUCCGUUAGACGUGAUUCCGUUAGACGCGAUUCCAUUAAACGACAUAUUUGCUAAGGACCAGAUUCAUCACUUUAGUCACGAUCAUUCGCUCAGCCUUGUGCAUCUACAGCAGGCGAAUCACAAAAAUGAGAAUGAUGACCAUGAAGAUGCAGAGGAAGAGAAUGACGAGUCUGUGGAGGAAGUUCGUCAUGGUGGCGAAUGCGGCAUGUGCCUCGUUAAAAACUAUAGAGAAGAUGAACAUCCAAAUCUGCUAAAUUGUCCAUUCCAGGAUGAAGGUGACAACCUUUUGAAGCAUCAUAUGUGUAACCAAAAGGAGUUGAUUAGAAAACAACAUGAAGGUGAUAUGUUUAACCAUUCUAGUCAUCAACACCCACUCAUCCUUCUCGACAAACAAACAUCAGUUGGUAAAAAAACGGUUUCUCUACACGACCCCAUGAAAAAAGUUCAACUCUUAUGUGUUGGAUGUGUGAAACCAAUCAUGACAGUACCAUUUUACGUGUGUUGCCAUUAUGUUGAUGAACAAUGUUGUCUUGUUCUUCAUGAAUGGUGCGCCAAGCUACCCUCCCAAAUACAAGACUAUUUUGGCCAUCCUGAGCAUCCUCUUGUUCUCCUGCCAAAAAUCCCUAGUGAGUUCUUUGGUGUGUUCGAAUGUGAAGUUUGCGGGUUACGAUCCAAUGGUUUUGCGUAUGGAUGCACAGCAUGUGAAUAUUAUGUUGAUAUCAAUUGUGCAUUCAUACCCGAAGAAAUCACACAUGACGCUCAUCCUGAUCACCUCCUAUUGAGAGUAAAAGCUUCAGCUUCAAGUGAGGAACUUUGCAAAGCAUGUGACAGUUAUGUGGAUGAAUAUUGGAUAUUUCAGUGUGCCUCUUCUGAUUUCUACAUUCAUGUGAAGUGUGCUUUGUUGUUGCCUAAAAUGAUUAAGCACAAGUGCGACAAACAUUAUUUGAGCCUAAGAUAUGAACCGGUGGAGAACCACAUUGAAGAGUACUUUUGUGAAAUAUGUGAGGAUGAAUUUAACCCUUGGAGGUGGUUCUAUCAUUGCACCACAUGUUCCCAGUCUAUGCACACUACUUGUGUGCCAUUAAUACUUCAAUACGAGCAAGCUACGAAAGAAUAUAAUUACGAAGGCGUCUAUGAGUUUCUCAACAUCAAAUUUGGAGGAACUCUUGAGGUCAAAGAUCACCCACACCGUUUGAGCUUUGUUCAAGGGGUUGAGAGUGAUGGCAAUUGCAGUAACUGCCGUUCGUAUUAUAAAGGAUUGAAGUAUAAAAUGAUCUUCAAGUGCAUGGAGUGUGAGUUUGCAUUACAUUAUGAGUGUGCUUCUUCAUUUGUCAGUAUCGAAUGAUCAUCAUUAGUCAUUUGGCUUGUAUACCAUUGUAACCUGUUGUUCAUGUGUCAAGUCAAUUUCUUUUUCCUAGUUUUGUUUCGGUCUUU